AUGCCGGCUGCCGCUCCACCCGCACUAGCAAUACCCGGCUUCUACCGCUUCGUCUUCUUGUGGAUAGAACCAUGUUCCAUUCUACUCGGCGCCGUGUAUGCAGCAUGCUUCCAGACGACCUACCUGGACCUUACCAUGCACGCCCCAAGCGCCCCAGACGCACUCGUCCCCAUCCCAACAAAAAUCGUCCUGACUCAAUUGGCAAACAUGUAUCUCGGUCUUGCUUUUCUCGAAGCCUCAGUCCUGCGCGCCACUCCAGACGUCAAAGUCUGGAAAACCUUUCUCAUCGGCCUGCUGCUCGCCGAUUUUGGGCACCUGUACACGGUGUUGCCACUGGGCGCCCACAUUUACUGGAGCUUCUGGGAUUGGAAUGCCAUUGACAUGGGCAACAUCCCCUUUGUCUACAUGCUGGCUGUGACGCGCAUCUGUCUGCUUCUUGGUGUUGGCUUCCACCACCCCCAUGCACGCCCAAAGCCAAAGACGCCCUGA